ACUUCCGGGGCGGAGGAGGCUGAGUGGUGCAGUGAGGGACAAACAAAAGGAGGCGCCGGGGAAGCGCUGCCGCCGGCGGCGGGACGGAGCGGCAGGGGGCUGGGGCUGCCUGCUGGGCGGCCGGGCACGGCGAGCCCAGGGAGGCAGCGUCCAUGGAGCAAAAGGAAUGCCAGGACCCUGUCCAGACAGACGUGAGCCAGCCUCAGCACCGACAGCCGACGUGCAGAUAGCAGAGCCGUCCUCGGGGUUGAAUCAUGAUUCCAGUGACAGAGCUCCGCUACUUUGCGGACACACAGCCAGCAUACCGGAUUCUGAAGCCGUGGUGGGACGUCUUCACCGACUACAUCUCCAUUGUCAUGCUGAUGAUCGCUGUCUUUGGGGGGACACUGCAGGUCACCCAGGACAAGAUGAUCUGCCUGCCUUGUAAGUGGGUCACCAAGGACUCCUGCAACGACUCAUUCCGGAGCUGGGCAGCCCCUGGCCCAGAGCCCACCUACCCCAACUCUACAAUCUUGCCGACCCCUGACACAGGCCCCACAGGCAUCAAGUAUGACCUGGACCGGCACCAGUACAACUACGUGGAUGCCGUGUGCUAUGAGAACCGGCUGCACUGGUUUGCCAAGUACUUCCCCUACCUGGUGCUUCUGCACACGCUCAUCUUCCUGGCUUGCAGCAACUUCUGGUUCAAGUUCCCACGCACCAGCUCGAAGCUGGAGCACUUUGUGUCUAUCCUGCUCAAGUGCUUCGACUCGCCUUGGACUACAAGGGCCCUGUCGGAGACAGUGGUAGAGGAGAGUGACCCUAAGCCGGCCUUCAGCAAGAUGAAUGGCUCCAUGGACAAGAAGUCAUCGACAGUCAGCGAGGACGUGGAGGCCACCGUGCCCAUGCUGCAGCGGACUAAGUCACGGAUCGAGCAGGGCAUCGUGGAUCGCUCGGAGACAGGUGUGCUGGACAAGAAGGAGGGGGAGCAGGCCAAGGCUUUGUUUGAAAAGGUGAAGAAGUUUCGGACCCAUGUGGAGGAGGGGGACAUUGUGUAUCGUCUCUACAUGCGGCAGACCAUCAUCAAGGUGAUCAAGUUCAUCCUCAUCAUCUGCUACACCGUCUACUACGUGCACAACAUAAAGUUCGACGUGGACUGCACCGUGGACAUCGAGAGCCUGACAGGCUACCGCACCUACCGGUGUGCCCACCCUCUGGCCACGCUCUUCAAGAUCCUGGCGUCCUUCUACAUCAGCCUGGUCAUCUUCUACGGCCUCAUCUGCAUGUACACGCUGUGGUGGAUGCUGCGGCGCUCCCUCAAGAAGUACUCCUUUGAGUCGAUCCGCGAGGAGAGCAGCUACAGCGACAUCCCUGAUGUCAAGAACGACUUUGCCUUCAUGCUGCACCUCAUUGACCAGUACGACCCGCUGUAUUCCAAGCGCUUCGCCGUCUUCCUGUCGGAGGUGAGUGAGAACAAGCUUCGGCAGUUGAACCUCAACAACGAGUGGACGCUGGACAAGCUUCGGCAGCGGCUCACUAAAAACGCACAGGAUAAGCUGGAGCUGCACCUGUUCAUGCUCAGCGGCAUCCCCGACACCGUGUUUGACCUGGUUGAGUUGGAGGUUCUGAAGCUGGAGCUGAUCCCCGACGUGACCAUCCCACCCAGCAUUGCUCAGCUCACAGGCCUCAAGGAGCUGUGGCUGUACCACACGGCAGCCAAGAUUGAGGCCCCCGCGCUGGCCUUCCUGCGUGAGAACCUGCGGGCGCUGCACAUCAAGUUCACUGACAUCAAGGAGAUCCCGCUGUGGAUCUACAGCCUAAAGACGCUGGAGGAGCUGCACCUGACGGGCAACCUGAGCGCAGAGAACAACCGCUACAUUGUCAUCGACGGGCUGCGGGAGCUUAAGCGCCUCAAGGUGCUGCGGCUCAAGAGCAACCUGAGCAAGCUGCCGCAGGUGGUCACGGACGUGGGCGUGCACCUGCAGAAGCUAUCCAUCAACAACGAGGGCACCAAACUCAUUGUCCUCAACAGCCUCAAGAAGAUGGUGAACCUGACCGAGCUGGAGCUGAUCCGCUGUGACCUGGAGCGCAUCCCCCACUCUAUCUUCAGCCUUCACAACUUGCAGGAGAUCGACCUCAAGGACAACAACCUCAAGACCAUCGAGGAGAUCAUCAGCUUCCAGCACCUGCACCGCCUCACCUGCCUUAAGCUGUGGUACAACCACAUCGCCUACAUCCCCAUCCAGAUCGGCAACCUCACCAACCUCGAGCGCCUCUACCUGAACCGCAACAAGAUUGAGAAGAUCCCCACCCAGCUCUUCUACUGCCGCAAGCUGCGCUAUCUGGACCUCAGCCACAACAACCUGACCUUCCUCCCCGCUGACAUUGGCCUCCUGCAGAACCUCCAGAAUCUAGCUGUCACGGCUAAUCGGAUAGAGGCGCUCCCCCCAGAGCUCUUCCAGUGCCGAAAGCUGCGGGCCCUGCACCUGGGCAACAACGUGCUGCAGUCGCUGCCUUCGCGGGUGGGCGAGCUGACCAACCUGACGCAGAUCGAGCUGCGGGGCAACCGGCUAGAGUGCCUGCCCGUGGAGCUGGGCGAGUGCCCGCUACUCAAGCGCAGUGGCCUGGUGGUGGAGGAGGACCUGUUCAACACGCUGCCCCCCGAGGUGAAGGAGCGGCUCUGGAGGGCUGACAAGGAGCAGGCCUGACUACGGGGCGGCCCAGAGCAGCCAGCAGCGGUGCCACCGACAAGUCCUCGGACCAGGAGGGCCAGGCUCUGCUCCUCCCGGGACUCCUGGAUGACCAGUCCAGCCUCUCGGCCGGGCAGGAGCCUGGGGCCGGAUGUGAGCCAGGCCGGGACGAGAGGACAGCAUCUGAGGGGCUGGCCCCUUUUCUCCCUCUGAGACUCAUGCCCCCCAGGGCAGGUGCACAUAGGGGAGACCGAGACCUAGUCCGUCUGAGUGUAGUAUUUGGACAGUCGGGGUCUCUCCUCUGGAGGCCAUCUCUGCUCCAGAGGCUGAGGCAAUGCCAGAGGUCCAGGGAUACCUAUUUAGCUCUUGGUAUUUAUUUUCCUCCACCUCCCGUCUCCUCCUUCCAGAUAACUUAUACAUUCCCCAGGAAGUUCAGCUCAGAUGGGAGGUGUUUAAGGAGAGGUGGGCUGUGUUCCCCUUUCCAUUCUUCAGCGAUGCCACCGGCAUUUAGUGCCCACCCAGAUUUGAUCAGAGUGGCCCAGGGUAAACCAGCUAUAGGACAGUCACCCUAGGGGUGCUGCGCUGGGCUUUGGGGGCCUGUGGGAGAGCAGGCCUCUAGGUAGAAAGGCCAAGCCUGGGGCUUGCCUUGUCAGUUCUUGUGGCAGUUUUAGGUUUUUUUUUUAAAGCCAAAAGUUUAGGUGUUUUUUAAGCUUUGAAAAUGGAUGGUUUGAGUAUUAAAAAGAAAAAAACUAAAAAAAGAGACACUACAGGCCAGUGAGUUGGAGUCUCAGGGUGGGUGGUGGUUUCCCUUGAGCGAAGCAGCGAGACUUUGAAUUGCAUUUCCUGUCUCUGGGUGCAGGGUGCAGGAUGUCUUCCCGCAUCUGGUGUGACCUUGGUCCAGCAGUUCUGUUUGUUCCUCUCCUCUCCUGGGGCAGGGAUUUUUUUUGUUUGUUUCUUGGGUUUUUUUUCGUGUCUUGUUUUCUUCUUCAUGUGUCUUGGCAGACGCUCGUUUCUGUGGCUGUCGGCCAAAGGGAAUGUUCUGGAGCUGCCAAGAAGGGAGGAGACUUGGGUUGGCUAAUCCCCGGGUGAAUGGUGCUCCAUCCUUUCCUUCCCUUCUUGUACCUGCCCUGUGCCCCACGCACAGCGUUAAGGAGCCAAGAGAAGCUACUUUGCCCGGACUCUGUUUGCCCACCUCGUGUGUCAUGCGUUUGCCCAGCACUACUGCUAGUCUCCGCUGCUUACAUCAGCCUUGUCACCACCUGGUCCUUCAUGACGAGCAGACACUUAGAGGUGGGGUUGGCCCUGAGGGGAUCACCGCUGGGAGGGCAGUCUCCCAGUUUUUGGUUCCAAGCCAGUUUCCAUCCCAGGUACCUGGCAUACCCAAUAGCCCAGUCAGCGCCUGCUGGUGGAAAGCCACCUGCUUUAGAUCCAUCACUUGGAUCCCCACCUUAAGAGGGUCCCUGCCUUAGAUCAAUCAUGUGGACACUAAGGCACGUUUUAGCGUCUCUUGUCUUGAUGAUCAUGUCCAUCUGUCUGUCCAUUUGUGUUUCCUGCAUUGUGUCAUUGGAUGUAAUCAUCAGAAAUAAUGUACACUAGCCUCUGACAACCAUGAAGCAGUCCGUUACAUGUGGGUCUGAACUUAUAGACUCCGUUAAACGAUCAAAUAAAUCUCUAACAGAAAGUA